UGAACAAGAAAUUGAUUGAUGUGGCUACUUUAGGAAGUCUGUGCGUGGACAUCGUUCUCAAAGUCCCAGAAUUGCCUCAAUCAUCUCCUCAACAACGUAAAGCUUUCUUGCAUCAGUUCUCCAAUACCCCGCCUCCUAAGAUAAUCCAAGAACAGCGGUUACAAAGAAAUUCAAAAAUCAUAUCUACCUAAAUUUAGUGCUAAGAGAGAAAUAGCAGAACAAUGAGAUCGAGAUUCAUUUUUCAUGUUCGAUUGGGACCGUAGUUUGAAGGACAUUAGUACAAAUGAGUGGAGAUAUGUCUUCUUCAUUAAAAAAGUGCAGAGGAUUGAUUUUGAAGAACAACUGCUGCUUGAUUGUUGCAGGACUUGGAUGAUGAGUGCAGAUAUGUACUUGUAUAGUGGUUUUUAAUUUAAAUCAAUAAUUGUUCUGCACGUAAAUAUGAGUGCACGUAAAUGAUCCUAGAUGUACUUAAUUUUCAUCUCGUUUUCAUUUCAUGCAUAGCAUUGCCGGUUCUAGUGUCCAAGGGUCAGACUCGACAAUUUGUAGAUUUUUUUUUCUUAUUUUUGCAUAUAUUUGGCUGAAAAAUAAAGUGUGUGUGUGUGUGUGAUGUGUCUGUGUUUCCAUACAUGUGUUGAGUGUCAAGUAUCGAGCAUGGGUACUCAAUGUAAAAUAAUUCAGUAAGGAGUCUGGGUCACAUAGGUUUGGCACACUGCGCUCACUGUACACUUGGGCACAUUGCAGCUGUUAUUGAUAAAAACACUUUCUUUGGAGUCUGCAUUUACAUUUUACUAUUCAAGUUUGCAAAUUUCUGAAAGUUCUGCCGCAAAAUUUAAAGCCUGAAAGGGAUUGGCAAAAUGUAUCUUGUCAUGGACUAGGAUUAAACUAUCUUGCACAUCAUUUUGGCAGUCCUCACGAUUAGCUCCAAACUCAAGCUAAUUGUUUAACUAUCUCAGGCUCGAGGGAAUGUACAGAUAUAUUGACUCUCUGCAGUUAGGAGGUGUAGUGCUAAAUUUAAAUCUGCUUCUUUAUUUUGCUCUUCACAAGUUUUUCUUUAAUAUACAAAGGGAAUUUCUUUUUUAAAUCAACAUAAUUGCAAAUAUAAUAGAGGCUUUGGCUUAAGCUUGUUCUUUUUUGUCCGUUCUCUAUGUACACCAGUGUUCCCAAAGUAUUGCAAUCUUUGGGGACGGAAACAAAUAUAAAAAAUGAGCAUUACCUUCAAAUGUCAAACAGAUAAAUUUUGGAAAAGAAAUGUUUCACGUUCUUUCUAAUCAAAUGAGGGGUGCUAUAUGCAAUAUUAAUCUUCUUUUGUUAAAAUAGCUCUACAGAGGACAUGCGUCUGAGCUUUUUAACCAGUAUUUGGAGCAUUAAUAGCAACAGUAUAAGUUAAAAAUAUUAAACUGACUGUAUACUUAAGGAGAAGCUUCCUGAGUCUGCCAAAAGAAAUGCAAUACUGGGAAGCUGGCGGAAUCUCCAAUACAGCCAUAGCAGCAGCAAGGUUGGGACUCGACUGCAUAGCAAUUGGUCAAGUUGGAGAUGAAAUAUAUGGAAACUUCCUUUUGGAUGUGCUUCAUGAUGAGGGAAUCGAAAUGGUUGGGAUGGUUGAACAUGAUGGUGUUAUUGGCAGUUCAAGCACCUCGUGCGAAACACAUAUUUGUUACGUUCUGGUGAAUCCUUUACAAGAACAUGCCUUUUGCAGUCCAUCAGAUUUUGUCAACAAGCCAGCCUUAAGUUGGAUGACCAGCUUAUCAACUAAAGUAAAGAUGGCUAUUAAGCAGUCGAAAAUCUUGUUCUGCGAUGGUUUUGCCUUUUUUGUGCUCCAGCCUGAUCUUAUAAUUUCUGCUCUGGAGUAUGCCACAGAAGUUGGAAGAUCAAUAUUUUUUGAUCCUGGACCUCGAGGAAAGUACCUUGCCAAUGGAACACCUGCAGAGCAAAAAGCACUAGACAAGCUCCUAACAAUGAGCAAUGUGCUUAUUUUAACAUCUGAUGAGGCUGAAGCCUUGACUAGCAUCAGGGACCCAAUUCUAGCAGGAAUGGAGUUGCUAAGGAAAGGGAUCUGCACAGAAUGGAUUAUCGUUAAGAUGGGUUCAAAGGGUUCAAUCUUGAUUACUGAGUCGAGUGUUUCUUUUGCACCAGCAUUCAAGGUUGAUGUUAUUGAUACUGUUGGUUGUGGUGAUAGCUUCGGAGCAGCUAUUGCAUUCGGUUACAUACACAGCCUGCCAUUGCUACAUACAUUGACACUUGCCAAUGCAGUCGGUGGAGCAACUGCUAUGAGUUCUGGUGCUGGCAGGGCUGUGGCAACACUGGAAAAGGUCAUAGAAAUUAUGACAAGAUCACAAAUCAACGAAGAUGAUUUUAUACAUGAAUUACUUAAUAAAGAUCUGAAUGUUCAGGAGAUUACAGUCAUCUCAAAUAUGACUAAUAAUGGGAAUAGCAACAAGCCAAAGCAUGUCCCCCUUCAGAAGGUGACGUCUGAGCUUUUACUUAAAUUUGAUCCUGAUAGGAUAAAAUACAGUGGUACCAUUGGAUGACCUAUUUAUAAGGAAAUCAGAUACUGCAAUUCCCUCGGAGAUUAGAUCUAGGAGGUUAACAUAUCUAAUGCCGACUGAGGAUCAAAGAAUGUUCAGAUAAUUAGAGCAAAGUUGGGAUUGCCUUUUAACAGUGGGACUGGUGUUAGUUUGUGCGAAGCCUGCUGUAUUUGUGUUUGUUGAAAUGAUGUUUAUCAAGUUUGCUAUGUGAGAUAUUGGUUUCUUAAAAGAGAAUUUUUAAUUCUCUGGAACAUUUGGAAAUGUGUAUUAAGCCAGAUAGUUGAGCCUCAAGGAAUGCAUUUAUGUUAGAGUGUAAUA